CGAAAAGAUGCUUAAGCAACACGCAGCAACAAAAGUCGAGUAAAAAUAAAUCAUUAUAGUUAAUAAAAAUAAUUGAAACAAAAAGAGUUGUAAAUUUAAAGAAUUUGAAAAUAUGAACAAUAAAAAAAGUGUGCUAAUGCCCUUCUGCAAUGCUUUACUAUUAAUAAGUUUGCAAUUUUUCUCAUGUACGAGUGGGAUUACGAUCGAAGCGCAUAUGGAAAGUACUUUACCAACAGCAGAAACAGAUCAAACAUUAAACACACCUUCUCCAAUAAAUGUUCCUCCAACAACUGUUUCAAAUUUUCAUUCACAUCAAAAGUUUAAGGGCACAAAGUCUACCGUUCCAACAACUACAAGUGUUGAUGAUGACGAUGAAACAUUUACACCGACAACUGUUUUUGACUCUACAAAUGAAAAUUAUACAUUUAAUACAUUACAAAGAACAGAAUUGCCGACAGACCCGAUGCCGCCUUCUUUUGAAAGUCGUGUGAAAAAGGGAGAUAGAAGAAAGUUAGUUACGAACAAAAGAGACAAAAGUGAACCAGAUUUCAUAAGAUUUCGUUUGCCUGUCAAUGUUUCAAGUCAUAUGGCACUUGCUAAACAAAUCCCAUCAAUAACAUCAGAUCCUUUGGAGCCCAUUGGAACAGCCGUUGACUAUCUUGUAUCACGGAAUCCAUGUUCAUGUGAAUUUGGCGUUUGUAAAUGUUGUACAGGAGUUGUCCUGAACACAUUCAACUCCAAGGGUUGCGCACAUUUGAGAUACGAUCCUGAACAAUUCAGCUUUGAGUUGAAGAUGAUGUUGAAUGAUCGUGUUAUGUAUAAAAGACAAGUUAGUGGCAAAAAUCCAAAACCAAUUUGUAUAAAUCCGCGACGUUUGCCUUUCUUAGAAGUUUGUGUAAAUUUUUACGAUAUAUACUUUAUUGGGCGAAAUAUGCAUUUGUGUAUGGAAAUGAAUGCGAAUUUUAAUGAUUUUGAAGUUUUCAAUCGUGAUUUUGAAUGUAUGCAUUUUGGAUCGUCAGGCGUUGGGUUAGCCCCUCCAGGAGAUAAUUCUGGACUACCACAGAGCAGUUAUACGGGCGUAGGAGGCUUUCAAGCCGAAGUUGAUCAAUCAGAUGGCAGUGAUAUUGAAGAUUAUGACGAAAAUGUUCGAAAAAUUAAAAAUAAAAAGAAAAAAAAUUAA